GAGUGAGACACACGGAGACUAAGGACACAGCAGACAGUCGACAGAAGGACCUGUAACUGAACGGGGACUUUUCUACUUUUUAUGGGAGGCAGGAAGCCAGACGACGACCUGUGGAGAUGGGAAGUACAACCCUCCCAGUGUACCUCAACGUGAGUGCAGGGAUGUCCAACUCGUCAUCGGACCCGACGGACAAUGAGGACGGGGCUUACAGCGAGGCCACCAUGAUCCUGCUGGGCAUGGCGAUGUCCUUCCUGGUUCUGGUCAUCGUCUUCGGCAACAUCCUGGUGAUCAUAGCGAUCGGCCGCUUCCAGCGUCUGCAGAACGUCACCCACUGCUUCAUCACGUCCCUGGCCUGCGCCGACCUGGUCAUGGGUCUCGUCGUGGUUCCUUUCGGCGCCUGCUACAUCAUCUUCGAGAACUGGCACUUUGGCAGCUUCUGGUGCGAGUUCUGGACGGCGACGGACGUGCUCUGCGUGACGGCGAGCAUCGAGACCCUGUGCGUCAUCGCCAUCGACCGCUACCUGGCCAUCACCUCGCCCUUCCGCUACCAGUCGAUGCUGACCAAGUGCAAGGCUCGCAUCGUGGUGGUGCUGGUGUGGGUGAUCGCCGCCCUGACGUCCUUCCUGCCCAUCCACAUGAAGUGGUGGAUAUCGACCGAGGAGGAAGCCAGGGUGUGCAACGAGAACAGCAACUGCUGCGAGUUCGACACCAACAUCCCGUACGCCAUCACCUCCUCCAUCAUCUCCUUCUACCUGCCGCUGGUCAUCAUGCUGUUCGUCUACAGCCGCGUGUUCCAGGAGGCCAAGCGGCAGCUGAGGAAGAUCGACCAGAGCGUCGGACGUUUUCAGAACGCCGACGGCGGCAACCUGGAAUCUCUGGAGAGCAACAACGGGCGCGGCAACAAGAAGGCCAAGUUCUGCCUGCGGGAACACAAAGCCUUGAAGACGCUGGGGAUCAUCAUGGGGAUCUUUACGCUCUGCUGGUUGCCCUUCUUUCUGCUCAACGUGGUGGUGGCCAUAUGGAAGGUGGAGGGCGUGGACCUCGCCUUCAGGAUACUCAACUGGAUAGGUUACGCCAACUCGGCCUUCAACCCGCUCAUUUACUGUCGGAGUCCCGAGUUCAGGUACGCCUUCAAGGAAAUCCUCUGCAUGAAGAGGAACCGCCUCAGCAACCCGGGAACGGCGAACGGAUACGUGUACAGCCGGCACAGCUGGCAGAGCGAGCAGCAAGGGCGGAGUAAGGGCAGCUUGGAGGACGGUGACGCUCAUGAAGGUUGUCUGCGGCGGGCGGCGGGGGUCUGCGGCUUCGCGGACGGAGCGGCGGACCCCAACGGGAAUUGCAACAAAAGCCUAACGACUGUGACCACCGUCCUUUGAUGUCGUGGAGCCCCGAGGCUUCCAGAUGUGUUUACACCGCUGUCAUACACUAUUUUUUUAAACUCGUGAAGGUAAGGCCGGUCGAGCUGGCUGGUAGAGACAGACUCACAGAAACUGUAAUAUGAAUGAUCACUUUUCCUUUUGUGACAUUUCCCAUGUUUAUCUUUCAUCUACCUCGUCUUUUUUUCUUCUUCAUGUGUUUCUUAACUGACUAAACCGUCCCCAGGAGGUACACUGUGCAUUACGUAACUGCUGACUGUCGGGCUCAGAUUGAACGUGUGGUCUUGUUUCUUGUCUCGGAAAUCUUGGCAAAAGAUCCCAUAAAUUUAUUAGCAUAAAAAUGUUUUUUUCAAAUUCAAAGUGAGAGUUGUCGGAGGCUGUCGACGUCCCGAGGGACGGUAGGGAGUCAUAUUUUCCAUCGGAGAAUAGAUGAGGAACAUGAGAAGUGUUAUAAUGCCUCUCUGGCGCUGUGUUUGAAAAAAAUACAUUCCAAUCAACCAAAAUCAUAAUUUGGCUUCAUUUCAUAAAUGUUUUUUUGUUUUGUUUUUUUACUCUAUUUUUUUAUUUGUAUUGAUUAUUACAUUGUGAAAGACAAUGAUGAUGAACAGGUGUGGCAGAAUCAAUCUCUCUCUCUAUCCCUCCCUCUCCCUCUCUCUCUCCCUCUCUCUUUCUCCCUCUCCCUCUCUCCCUCUCUCUCUCUCUCCCUGCUACCUGCUCAAGUGUUUUACAGCCGUUUGCAUGGCUGUUCCUGUUGCACCGCAGAUAUUUAGUUAUCUUUAUUUCACUGGUGCACGCUGAAAAGACGCCUCAGAAAACGCGGAUCGUAUACGUUGCAUCGGCCAGAGUCCAUCGUGAGCCCUAAAGAUAUAUAAUAUCUAUUAAUGAGAUUAAUCCUAUAGGAAAUUAGCUUUUAAAGCUUGCAUCUGUUACACAAAUAAAUGCAAGUUUUCUUCUACAUGCAGUAGUCCACCGGUUCCUUUAAGCUGUAAACCAGUAUGUGAUUAAUUAUGAAGUAUAGGGCGCACUACAAGUAUUUAUUGUCCCCUCUAUGUGGCGCUAGCAGCAGCAGCAGCAGUGCUUCUGGUUGCACGAGCCCUGUGUGUGUGUUACAGUGUGUGGUUGCUGUGUUUACUUAAAUCAGAGACUCCGUUCCCUUCGCCAUGGCACAAGAGCUCAAAGCCACUCGCACGAUAACAAACCGUCCUCGGCGAGAACGGCGUUCCGGGCCGGAGACAUUUCGUUCCGACGGUUCGGAGAGCCGACAAACGGAGAAGUCGCCGAGCGGCGCUCCUCCGUCUCCGCCGCCUGACGGUUCCCAGAGUCUCGUCUCUGCGAGCGGAUGUCUGGAUCUCUGUGAGAUCCGUCUGACGUUUAUAUAUCUGAGCCGCGCAGGAAAUGCUCCACGAUCCAAUAAAUCCAUUAUCUCUACCGUUGAGCUGGGGAAUCAGACGACUCCGACGUAGAUUAGUGCGUUUGAUGAAUAUACAGUUCCCAAUCUGCAUGAUCCAAAACGGCCGGCCUGAAAUGAGACUCCCUUUUCUAAUCUCUCGUCUUAAAAUCACGGGCUCUCUGGACUUUUUUAGAAUAAUGGAAACAUUAGCGCUUCACAUGCAGGUGAAUUCACCCAUUUUUUUCACAAUAAACA